AUGAGGACCAUCGAUGUCGAUCUGGCUCCUAAACGAUCAUACAAAGGUGGUCCAAUGAGUGGUAGGAUGGCAGCAAACAAUGCACGAAGCACGCAGCACACAGCCACUGCCGAAGCUGCAUGUAGCUCAUGUACAUCAACAAGAUAA